UCACUCAAUUGUCCACAUGCAGAAAUGUGUGUUAUUACUAGCAUCUUAAACAUUUUUUUCAUAUUUUUCCUGUAGUUGGAACACCCCUACAAAAGAAUAAGAGACCUGGACUUCCAGUCUGCAAGUAAGAAGCGGAGGGAAAGCGUAGCACCUGUCCAUCCCAAUAUUUCCUCACCCACAAAACGUGAGAUGGAAGCAGUGUACAGUAAGCUCACAAAAAAAGGAACUGCUGUUGCCCUGUCUGUAUCCAAGGAUUAUGCAGCCAGUUUUAAACCUAAGACACUGGAAGGUGAUUGGCCUGUUGACCUCAAGUCAGUUAGGAAUGACAGUUUGAGGGAUGCCUCAUAUGAGGAAAUACUUGCGCAUGCAGACAGUGUGAACAUUAACGUGACCCCGUCACAGGUAUCAUUUGUUGAAAGUGUGACAAGAGAGCAAGCAAAGUCUGCCAAGUGGUGUCAAUACAGGGUUGGCCGGAUCACAGCCUCAAGAAUAUAUGAGGCCACUCGCACCAACACAGAGACUCCCUCUAGGUCUCUUAUAAAAGGCAUUUGCAAGCCAACAUCAUUUAAAAGUGUACAUACUGACUGGGGCAUCAGGAAGGAACCAGUUGCAAAGAAGGCAUAUAACAACGAGAUGAAUCGACAACACACUGACUUCACCAUGAAGGAUAGUGGUCUGGUCCUUCAUCCAGACUAUCCGGAGUUUGGAGCAAGUCCUGAUGCCCUAGUCAGUUGCAGCUGUUGUGGAUCUGGGCUCUUAGAGGUCAAGUGCCCCUCCACCCUUAAGGAUUCAGAUACUAUUGACAUGCCCUAUUUGAAGGACAAAAAGUUAAAAAGAGAAACCAAAUACUUUUACCAAGUGCAAAUGCAACUUUUUUUAACAGAUCGCCAAUACUGUGACUUUUUUAUCUGGACACCACAUGCAACCCUCUGUGAGAGAAUCACUCGGGAUACUAAACUGUGGGAGGAUAUGUGCUGCAAGGGGCAGAAUUUUCAUCGCAGGGUGAUUAUGCCUGAAUUGAUAUCCUCAUUUUUUUCAAGAACUGCAACUGAGGCUGAUGGCCAUUCAUAUUGUGUCUGCGGUGGUGGUGAUGAUGGUAGGAAAAUGAUAGCUUGUGAUGGAGAAAAUUGUGUCACAGUAUGGUUUCACAUGACAUGUCUGAGGAUUAAAAGGGUGACAAAAGGAAAAUGGUUUUGUGAGAAAUGUAGUUGAAAACAUUUUCAGAUAAAAAUAUGGUGCAAUUGAAAGAAAAUGUCUCAAGAGUGCAAUGUGUUCUUUAAACAUUCCAUUUACUGUGUUCUUUUGUAGCAUGCAGUUACUGAUAUGAUGACCAUUAAAGUCUGUGAUAGCAUUUUAACAGUGGAUACAUUGUGCAAUGAAAAACAAUGUCUCACAAGUGCAAUUUUAUACUUUUCUUUGACUGUAUAUAUGUUUUACAAGUAGUUUAGUAUAUAUGGUUAACAAGUAGUUUACGGUAUUUCAAGUCCUUUUAGUUUGUAGUCAGUGAUCUGAGUCCCUUUGGCGCAUUUUGGAAAGUGGUUAUAAAAUGCAGGACAAGCAUUUUAACAGUAGAGUUAUCAUGCAAUGAAUAUCUCACAAGUGCAAUUUUUAUACUUUUCUUUGACUGUAUAUAUAUAUAUUUUACAAGUAGUUUAGUGUAUAUGUUUUACAAGUACUUUAUUUAGUCCUUUGCCUGCAGUCAGUGAACUGAUAUGAUGACCAUUAAGUUCUGUGAUAGCAUUUUAACCGUGGAGUUAUCAUGCAAUGAAUGUCUCACAAGUGCAAUUUUUUACUUUUCUUUGACUGUAUAUAUGUUUAACAAGUAGUUUCUUUCAAGUAUUUUUAGUUUGCAGUCAGUAAACUGAU